AUGUCCACCCAAUCCGUGCAAGUAUGUAAUGGACCUAUACGAAUCUGAUGGGGAAGAUGGCCUAUGCUAUGAGUUUACGAGAAAGAGGGGAAACCGUGUUUUAAACCGGAGAAAUCAGACCACCAACAAACAUCGUCGUGGUCGUCAUCAUCAUUGAUCAACGUCGUCAUCAACACUGAAAGAGAUCGGGGUUUCGAGGCUCCGGGCGUUCUAUCCUCAAACGUACACUAUGAGCAACGAAGCAAACCCUUUAAAAUCUGGAUUGAUCGCUCCCAUUAACUCACGAACCAGUAAAAUUCUUGAGCUCAGAGGUUGCAAGAAUCCACCACCCCUUCUAGCUUGCCCCUCGCAAAAGUGACCCUCACAGCCCCCUCCUUGGAGCGCCGUAGUUCUUCCCAUCAAACAGCAGGCUCGAGUUACUAACAAUUUGAAAAUUUUAGACUUUCGGUAAAAAGAAGACUGCAACCGCCGUUGCUCACGUCAAGAACGGUAAAGGUUUGAUCAAAAUCAACGGCUCCCCAAUCACUUUGGUUCAGCCAGAAAUCUUGAGAUUCAAGGUCUACGAACCAUUGACCUUGGUUGGUUUGGACAAAUUCCAAGGUAUUGACAUCAGAGUUAAAGUUUCUGGUGGAGGUCACGUGUCCCAGGUUUACGCCAUCAGACAAGCCAUUGCCAAAGGUUUGGUUGCUUACCACCAAAAGUUUGUUGACGAAGCUUCGAAAAAUGAGUUGAAGAAAGUUUUUGCUGCUUACGACAAGACCUUGUUGGUUGCUGACUCCAGAAGAAUGGAACCAAAGAAGUUUGGUGGUCGUGGUGCCAGAGCAAGAUUCCAAAAAUCUUACCGUUAA